GUCGCGGGUCGUGGGCGGCGGAUGGCGAGCCCGUGAUGUGGCCUUGCCCGGAGCCGACGUCUGUGGGUCCGUGCGGCUGGUGGAGUCUUCUAACUGAAGAGAUCGUCACCUAACCGUAACCUCCCUGGGCUAAUGCUUUGAGCACUACCUUCAUUUCACCAUUUUGGAAGGUCCCUCUUUGACUUCGGACCCAGUCCCAAGAAAAACUGGACUUCUCCAGCAUCAAAUACAGACUUUUCUUUCAAGAUCAACAUAAAAUGAUGAAGUCCUCUGUACACGCAGAAGAAGAUGACUUUGUGCCAGAGCUUCAGAGGAGCAUUCAUCCCCGUGAGAGACCAGAUUGGGAAGAGACCCUCAGUGCAAUGGCAAGAGGCGCAGAUAUCCCAGAUAUUACAGGGGAGCUGCCACUUCGGACAUGUGGCAGCACAGCCAGCAUGAAAGUGAAGAAUGUGAAAAAAUACACCCACCCAGGACUGAUGGGCUGUGAUGCCUUUCACAGGUUAUCCUUUACUAAGGGCCACUUCCCGAAGAUGGCUGAGUGCGCACACUUCCAUUAUGAGAAUGUGGACUUUGGCAACAUACAGCUCUCACUCCCAGAGGAACAGAAUGAAGUAACAAGAAACGGCUGCGAAUCCAAGGAACUAGUCUACCUUGUGCAAAUCUCGUGUCAGGGCAGAAGCUGGAUUGUAAAGCGGAGUUAUGAAGACUUCAGAGUACUUGACAAACAUCUCCACCUGUGUAUUUAUGACCGGCGCUUCUCCCAGCUCUCAGAGCUACCCCGCUCCGAUGCCCUGAAGGACAGUCCAGAGCUGGUCACCCAGAUGCUGAUGGCUUAUCUGUCACGGCUCUCGGCCAUUGCAGGCAACAAGAUCAACUGUGGGCCUGCUCUCACAUGGAUGGAGAUUGAUAACAAGGGGAAUCAUCUCCUAGUCCAUGAAGAAUCGUCCAUUAACGUUCCUGCCAUUGCUGCUGCCCAUGUUAUUAAGAGAUACAUUGCUCAAGCAGCAGAUGAACUGUCCUUUGAGGUGGGAGACAUUGUGUCUGUUAUCGACAUGCCUCCAAAGGAGUUGACCACGUGGUGGAGAGGCAAACAUGGAUUUCAGGUGGGAUUCUUUCCUAGCGAGUGUGUUGAACUAAUUAACGACAAAGUUCCUCAAUCUGUGACUAACUCAGUGCCAAAACCAGUCUCCCCUGCCCAUGGAGCCCGUCCAGCGUCUUGGAGCUACUUCCCCCCUUUGUCAAAAAAGCACGGCAAGCUCAUCACCUUCCUGCGUACCUUCAUGAAGUCUCGCCCAACAAAGCAGAAACUGAAACAGCGCGGGAUCCUGAAGGAGAGAGUGUUUGGCUGUGACCUGGGAGAGCAUCUCCUCAACUCGGGCCAUGAUGUCCCCCAGGUCCUCAAAAGCUGUACUGAAUUCAUUGAGAAACAUGGCAUUGUGGAUGGAAUUUAUCGUCUCUCUGGGAUUGCAUCCAACAUCCAGAAACUACGCCACGAGUUUGACUCUGAGCAGAUCCCCGACUUGACUAAAGAUAUUUACAUCCAAGAUAUCCAUUGCGUGGGCUCCCUCUGUAAGCUCUACUUCCGGGAGCUCCCGAAUCCCCUGCUCACGUAUCAGCUCUAUGAGAAGUUCUCAGAUGCUGUUUCUGCUGCUACAGAUGAAGAACGAUUGGUUAAAAUUCACGAUGUCAUCCAGCAACUGCCUCCACCUCACUACAGGACACUGGAGUUCCUAAUGAGGCACUUGGCUCGUCUAGCUGAUUAUUGUUCCAUCACGAAUAUGCACACCAAGAACUUAGCAAUUGUCUGGGCACCAAACCUCCUAAGGUCAAAGCAGAUCGAGUCUGCCUGCUUCAGUGGAACAGCUGCCUUCAUGGAGGUGCGAAUCCAGUCGGUGGUUGUGGAGUUCAUCCUGAAUCACGUAGAUGUCCUCUUCAGUUCCAAACUCAGCUCAGUCAUACGAGAUGGGGCAGGUCACAGCUCCUUAUCGCGGCCCAAAUCGCUGCUGGUGUCAUCUCCCUCUACCAAGCUGCUCACGCUGGAGGAGGCCCAAGCACGGACGCAAGCCCAGAUCAACUCCCCUAUUGUGGCAGACAGCAAAUACAUCGAAGUAGGAGAAGGCCCCGCAGCUCUGCAGGGGAAAUUCCACACGGUCAUAGACUUCCCAGCUGAAAGAAAAAGACCACCCAACAAGAUGAAGAAGUCCCCAGUGGGUAGCUGGCGCUCCUUCUUCAACCUGGGCAAAUCGUCUUCUGUGUCCAAGCGCAAGCUGCAGCGCAACCCAAGUGAGCCCUCCGAGAUGAAAGCCAUCGCCCUGGCUGGUGGAAGAGGAGAUAGCGGAACGCUCCGCUCGGCUAAAAGUGAGGAGUCUCUCACUUCUUUGCAUGCUGUUGAUGGUGAAUCCAAGCUGUUCCGGCCCAGAAGACCCCGAUCCAGCAGUGAUGCAUUGUCCGCUUCCUUUAACGGGGAACUCCUGGGAAACAUGAACCGCUGCAAUUCCUAUGAUAAUUUGCCCCAUGAUGAGAGUGAUGGGGAUGAGGGACUGAUUCAUGUUCCUGCCCUCAUCUCUCCUCGAUCUGCUGAAGAUGUUGACCUGAGCCCACCAGAGAUUGGAGUAGCCAGCCUGGAUUUUGACCCCAUGUCUUUUCAGUGUAGCCCACCCCAGGCAGAGUCCGAGUGCCUGGAUAGCAGUACUUCCAUGCUGGAGUCGGUGGGCAUCAGCAAGGACAAGCCAAGCGCAGGGAAGAGGGAUUUGGAGUCUGGCAGUCAGUCUCAGACCCCUGGCAGUGCCACAAGCUCUGAACCAGUCUCCCCACUCCAAGAGAAGAUGAGCCCCUUCUUCACGCUGGACAUGAGCCCAACCGAGGAGAAGGCCUGUAAGCCUCUCUCAUUCUCUGAGAAAGUUGUCCAUGCCUUCUCACCUAAACUGGGGCGAAAGCCACUCAAGUCUCCACCGCUGACUAUAUCAGAGCCAGUGUCAUUUACACUGCCCAGCCGGGUGUCAGAAGUGAUUGGAGGGGUGCCCCACACAGCAGGGAACACCACUUCUCCAAACUGGAGCAAGGGGAUCAGCAUCAAUGAAGCCACCAACAGGUCUCCGACCCAGAUAUCCUUGCCACUGAAAGCCUGCGAGAUGGGAGCAAAUGAAGGAUGCCAUCCAGAGGUCCGCACCCAAGUGGCUGCCGGUAAACCGGAGUUGCCAGAUGAAGGGGCAAAACCGAUGCCAGUCAGUCAGAAUAAGACUGCACCCUCAGGACACACUCAGCCAGGAGCAGUUGCCCUCGACUCCCCUCAGGAUCCUGUUCCUGUCAGUUCUGUGUCUCUGAUCCCUCCUCCUCCUCCAAAAAAUGCAGCGCGUAUGCUAGCCCUAGCAUUAGUCGAGUCUGCACAGCAGGCUUCUGCUCAAUCCCAGAAGAAGCCAGGGGAGGCUCAUUCUGACUGUGCAAAUUAUGGAGAGACUGAAACUGGCACAGCUCUAGAAAAGCUCCACCUCUGUGCUGGUGCUGCCCCCGACAAGCUGCAUCUUUACGCUGGUGUGGCUGAGAACAGGCUCCACUUCCAGACUGGUGCAUCCGGAGAUCGCUUCCAGAAUGGGGCACCGGUAGACAAGGAUCUCCACAGUAGCGGCACACCUGGGGAUCACAACCAUUUGCAUUUAGGCACAUCUGGAAACCAAGACCAGCACUCGCACCUCCAUACCAGCAUGCCUGGGGAUGCACCUAGUGGCAAAGACACAGAACGGGACCACUCCACCUUCCAUACUGUAAUGGGGGACAAGGAUCACUUCCCCUCCCAGCUCAGGGAUCGGGACCAGGUUCACCCCCAUUUAGGUAUACUACUUGACCAGGAACCAUCUGCAACAGAUGUGCCUACAGACAAGUCCCAUCUACGUACCUGCAUACCUGUGGACAAAAACCACAUCCCGAGCUGCACAGCUGAAGACAGAUUUCAGCUUUCUUCUGUAACUGGAGAGAAUAUCACCAUGGCUACAGUGACAUAUGUUACAACUAUCCAGACCCCAGCAACCACAGCAGGUCAUGGAACAGCUGGUCAGCUUGCUGGUGUUGAACCCACCACGCAGGCAGACAUCAUUGUCACCACGACUCAGCGCACUCUAACAACCAGCCAAGCAGUUUUAUCUCAGAGGCCAGGAGACCACCAGCCGGCAAUGGGACAAGUUCCAGCAGCAACCACUAAAGGACCAAGUAGUUCCAACCAUGUACGUGGAGCACUAGCUCCAGAAAAGCCGCCUGAGCCUCGAGUAGCUGAGCCUGCUCCCAUUUUCGUCACCGAAAGCAGCUGCGCUCCCCGGUGUACCUCGUCCACUCCCGUGUCCUACCAGGCCCACUUAGAAAAGUCUCGGGAGAACACAAGGGCUCCUGCUUUGCACCUUCGGUCUGAAUCAGUCCCUGGUCACUCCUCCUAUGGCUUCACACCCCCAGUUCCACCUGUGAGAACGCUGGAGAGUAAAAUUGCUGCAGCCAUGCACUCCAACAGCGCUGAUGCUGUCAACAACUCCAACUACCAUUCCUUCCUGGUUUCCUCCAUGCUGCCUUCCUCUGUGGAGGAUGCCUUGCCACCGCCUCCCCCACCCAAGCAUGCCUCUCUGCAGUCUCUGUAUCUCGCCCAUUCCAAGUCAGAGAGUGCCCCCGAGCCCCCCGCCCCCGAGAACUACCUGCACCACAAGCCAGCUUCCAUCCACCAGUACAGACCUGAGAGCGUCCCACCACAUGUCUCAUACCACAGCAAGUCCGACCAGCACCAAGCCUAUGCCUCUAGGUCAGAAACCCCUACAUCCAUGGGCCCCCGGUAUAACACCUAUGCCACUCAAGGGAAGAGCACCUCAGCCCUUCACUCCAAGCCUCGGAGCCGGGCUGAAUUCAUGUCCUCCAUGAGCCCUACCACCAUGCAUAGCACCAGCUACACUGAGGAGGCUCCUCCCUACCCCACUAUCAGGAGGGUGCAAUCGCUGCACGUCCCUACCCCGUCUGCCUCCACUGCCACUAUCCGCUCCGUGCCCAUUUCACGGACAGAGGUGCCACCUGAUGACGAGGCAGCGUAUUGUCCACGGCCCCUCUAUCAGUACAAGCCAUACCAGCCCCACUCGGAUUAUCAUGUCACUCAGCUGCAGCCAUACUUUGAGAAUGGGCGCGUGCAUUACAGGUAUAGCCCUUAUUCAAGCUCUUCUGGCUCCCCCUACUACACUGCAGCAGACGGGAGCUUCUACGACCUGGACCCUUACAGCACCAUGCGACUCAGGCAGUUCCACCCCCUUCCUAGCCGAGACUUUGCCUCGUACACCUCCAGGCUUCAGAGCAAGACUCUGUACCGUAAUCCCGGCCUGCCUGCCUACCCUCGGGGCGGCCUCAUCGGCCACCUGGCAGGGAAAGAGCACAGCUUUAUUAGCAGAGAUGUGCCCCCUGCCCCAGACAUCAAGCACGUGUACAUGUCGUGGGACCUGGAGGACAUGGAGAAAUACCGCAUGCAGUCCAUUCGCCGCGAGAGCCGCACGCGUCAGAAAGUGAAAGGGCCGGUGAUGUCCCAGUAUGACAAUGUGGGCCCACUGCUGCCAGAGGAACUGGGGGGGCUGGACGUCAUCCACCUGCGCAGCAAAUCAGAUCCUGGGAAAACUGGUCUCCUGACUGUGGCUGAAGGGAAAGAAGGGAGGUACCCAGCCAAGGCAGCCACCCCCGACGGGGAGGAGCGCUACUACGUGCAGCAUGUGGAGCCAGAGCCUGACCGAGCUCACUACCAUGGGGCCUAUGGGAACGGGCAGGUGGAGAAGCCUUCCCUUCCUCAGAAGCAGAGCAGCAUUAGGAGCAGAAAGUUGCAUGAGACGGGCUGCAGCGCCAACGAGCACAGGACGCACCUGCAGCAGGAAGCAAGCCAUAGGCAGACCUCAGAAUCCAAAAACGGCCCUCCUUAUCCGGACUACCGGCCAAAGGGUGGGCAGGAGCCCUGCUCUGAGCCCUUGAGCUACCAGCACUCAGGUGGGAAGUACAUCACAUCUAGCCAGGAGACCCUGAGGCUGAACCACAAGGAGAUGAGGGGUGCAGAGGACAGACCAGAUUUGGAAAGGCCUCGAGCCAGGCAGACCGCUCCUAUGGAGAAACACCCCAGAGACUGCUAUAAAGAGGAAGAGCACCAUGCCCCCCCCGUGGCGCCACCCCCCAAGCCAGAGCGGAGCCACAGCCUCCGAAUGCAGCACCCAGAGAGUAUAGAGAGGGACCCUGCCCUCCUCUACCCAUACCAAACCCUUGGCAAACGCCAAAGCACUAUGACAGUGGUGUCCCAGUACGAUAACCUGGAGGAUUACCAUAACAUGCCUCAGCACCAAAGAGGGGGCUAUGUCGGAGGAGGGGGCUUUGCACCCCCCAGCUUUCCCCAUUCGCACAGUCGGACUUAUGCCACAGCCUUGGGCCAGGGGGCCUUCCUCCCCACAGAUCUAUGUCUGCAGAGGCCCGAGACAGAGGUGCAUGCCGAGUGAGCUGGGGGAAGGAGGGAUAGAGUCUUAGCAGCCUCUGCUGGACAGUGGACUGUUCUAUUUUUUCAGUGACAAAAAAAAAAAACACAAAAAAACCCAACCCUGCCCCAAUGAGCAAAAGCAAACCCUGCCCCCAGCCCAUCACUAACUGUUUUUAUGUAGUAGAGGUACAGCUUUUUCCAUGUAGUUUGAGAGGUUGGCAUGAUCCUGCAGGCUGCUGGCAUGUAAAGAGACAACCCAGUCACGAGGGCAGACCUGAGGCAUGGUGGGGAAGGGGCCAAGGGUUUUUCCUCCCCUGGUCUGACGUUACUUGGCUGCCAUAGCACUCUCGCUACCCCCGCCAUCAUCUGGUGCAUGAGGUGCUGGUGUAUGCAGCAAUUCUGGUAAAUCUGGAACAAAUGAGGUCACGUUCCCAGCUGCUGGCCUCAGAGGAGUAGUUUGAAUGAUGCAUGCUGGGGCGGCCUCUGUCCUGACCCCUGUCAGGUGAAGCAGCAAAUCAGUCGUGUGCUAAAAGCUGUGGGGAAAGAGCAGCUUGUUCCCUUGCAGACGAUUCCUGAUGCUCUAGUGGGCUUAAUCCCAGCAUUUGGAAGCAAACAGGAGUCUCUCCGCUGACUUCAGCAAGUGGGAUCGGUCCCAGAUGAAGGCAAGUGCUAUUGUAGGAUACAGGGGAGGGCGUUUAAAGACUCACUUGACAAGCUGCUUCUGACCACAGAAAGGAUUUCUGCAGGAACUCAAGUAUCCAUGUUAAUCUCCCUAUUGACAAUGGAGACCAGCUUUGGUAGCUGGGGGGAGGCAGGUCUGUGUUUCUAACAUUGAAAGGAAAAACUCACACCCACCGCCACACCCAGCCCUUGAGAACAACACAUGAAUUUCACGAUUCCUCUUUACUGAUAGACUAAGGUCCAGACUAUUUAAUUCCAAGGGGUGGCUGGCCAUAUAAUGCCAUCCCUUUACAAUGUCACCAUAGGAUUAUGUCCAGCUUGUAAAGUAGAGCACAGGUUACCAGCUGGGAAUGACUAUAUAAGCACCAAGUUAGCUGCAUGACCAGGUAUUUGCUCUGGGCCAAAUCCCACAGUCCCUAGUUCAGGGAAGACUCCCACUGACUCUGGGAUAUGGCCUUCCAUAUCUAUAGUACUGCAUUACCAAGGGAACCCCUGUGAAGUUGCUGCAAGUACAGAGUAGUUACACGCUAUCUGUGCACUGUGAAAUAGUAUUGCCUCUGUUGUUGCAAGUGUAGUUCACACCAGUAUCCAGGCCAUCAGUGGGGACUAAAGGGCCAGUACACCUCUAUAAAACACUCCAGCAAUGUUGCCCUGUGUAUUUAAAGAGCUUUCUGUGUUGUAAAAGAAGCAAUGUCUGAUCUGCAGCCGCUUGAAUUCCCAAGACUCAAAAGUCGCUGCAACCCCCCAUCUAAGACACACGCAUUGUGUUAACCAGGGCUUUCUAGCAGCACCUGAAUUGUAGGAGUUUUAACGUGCUAUGACAGCGGGGCCUUUCCUUGUUCUGCUUGGUCAAAAAUGGCACUACUUACUUUGGACCUCCAAGGUGUUGUGUCCUUUUUAAGAAAACCCACCCAUAGGUUUUCUUAAAGGUCCCACAGCUGGUGCAUAGCUCACACUGGAUCUUUAGACAAAAGAGUUCAUUGCUAUUUUCGGCUUUUAAGAAGUAAUAAGAACUUACCACAUCUCAGAGGAACACCCCAUGGCUAGUAGCUAACCAGUCAUUAGCCAUUUGUUUCCUUUUAAUCUUGUUGCCUUGUUUGGGCCUGUUUCAUUAAUGGGACCUUGUUAGUCCUAUUUUGUUGUGUGAUGCAUUGUUUUAAAGAUUGUUUUUUUCAUACAUAGAGUUGUUCUUAAGUGUUAUGGAAAUAAAUCUGGUGAGGAAACAACGAACACUGUGAUCCAGGUUACCAUGAUCCCAUUCACCCUGUGAGUAACUCAAGAAGUGGGAUUUGAGGGUGGGCAGGGGGGAGGGGGCUGCUAAAAGGAAAAAGCAUGGAAAGGGUCUUUAGAUGGAGGCAUGGACUAUGUUGGUUGUGGACCACCUGGUCUGUGCUACUAGCUAGUAAAGGCUGAACCCCUCUUCCAACUUUUCUGAUGGAGUUUGCCUAUAUCGUACACAGGCUCUGUAGAGGUAUACUUAUAUUUUAAAGAUGUUGGUGGAUGAGGGCUAACAUUACCAUUCCCCACAGCUGCCAUCUGGCUGCUGCUUUACGUUCAGCCUCCCUUGUUCUGGAGUUGAGGCAAGAACAAAUGCAUUUGGUUCAGGCUCUUUGGGAUUCAGGUAAUGAGGGCUGCAGGUCAAACCUCUCUCCAUGAAAGCCUUAAUUCUCCCUCCUAACCUCUUGGUAUUAGCCUUAUAUGACCAGGACUGUCCCCUGGUGAGAGAGCCCCACUGAGCUCCCUCUAGUUCUGUAAAUGCCUCUCAAUUUGCCUGCAGUCAUCACGUGACUUGAAGCCAGUCUUCUCCCGUAGUGUAUAAAGCUCCAGACCAUUUCCCUGACUUACGAACAACAGCAACAAGAGACAGGGCCAGGGAUUUUGAGCCUGCUUAGCAGUUCACAGCACUAACCUCUGCACUUGAGAGAGGCCCAACAUGUGCCUGGUGCUGAUCACUCUCUACCACCAUUGACUUCAGUGGGUAUCGAGGGCUCCUAGCACUUUGCAGGCCUCAGGCCAUACAAUGUGCAGCUGCCCUACUGGCUAGGAUACACUUCACUCAUAAAGUGUUGCUCACAGAAAUGGAAACAAGCCCUGUGGAGACCAGAAAGCGCUCUGUCCUGGUCCAGAGAUCUUAGUUAUUUAGCUGCUUCCAUUUCUUCUUCCCAGCCAUAACAGCAUGUGAGCAGAGGUCUGCUAGCCCUGCCUGUGUUCAGCAUUGGGUGAAGACCCCUGAAGCAAUAGGCUCAGGAAGCCUGGACCAAGCCCCCUUCCUUGAAAGGACGACCAGCUGCUCAAGCCAUUCUUAAACCCUGCACCCCAGCCCCACAAGAAAGCCAUAUAGUGAACUAUGCAGUUCUGCUCUGGACCUGUGGUUAGUGUUGGAUCUUGAUGCCCCUUAGGAAAUGGGUCCCCUUCCCCGUUGAUUAAAGAUCAAGGUACUUGGUGUCUGCCCUGCCAGACCUGGAAAAAUUCCCAGUAUUCAGGGAAAUAGGAGUCCUGUGCGGGCAGCUGAAGGGGGGAAAUAGUUUAGCUGGCUACCGCUCAUCCCCAUUGUUUUCUAAAAGGUCCCAUCUAGCCCUGGGCUAGGCAGGAACUGGGUAUGGCAUACGGUAGGGCACACAGGAGAAAGCUCUGCUUUCUGUCAGCAAAUGGGACUUGGAGGGAGACCUCUGCUAGGGAGGAACAGUGAGGAAGACAGUGCAUCAACAAGCGCCAAUCUGCUCAGCUGUAGGAGCCCUAUUGUCUGACCACAUCUCCAGCAAGGGGACACGAGCAGCUCCAGGACUGACAUAAAAGGUCUCCAAUACAUGGGUUAUUUACUGCCUGCAUUUUAGUUCCCACUUGCUGCAUUUUUCAGCUGAAAUUCUCUCUACCUCACAUAAGAGGUAGGGCCCAAUUCUGCUCUGGGUUUGUACCCCCAACUUUGGAGCAGCAUUUGGCCCAGAAAGCAAUCUUGCCCCAUGGGGAUAGAUGUCAAGAUGGGCCCUGUAGAGUCUCUUUUAGUUUCAACUUUCAUUUUUUUUAAGAAAAAAAAAAAAGUCUGAUCAGGUUAAAAUGUAUAUGCAUAUAUGACAGGAAAAUACUUUGUGCCUAUGUCUUUACAGAGGUAAUGGGUUUACGCUUAUCAGUUGGGAGGAGGCCAGUGAGGAUUGCACAGCCGUAGCUAAUUGCUACACAAAACCAAAACCAACUUGAAAAUGUAUUGUUCCCCUUCACCUACGGAAAGGAGAGCCCCUUGUGAGUUCCCUGCCAUCCGUCCCAUCAGUCUCUUGACAAAGCAUUGACUGAAGCAGCGUGUUACAUGUCAGAGGAUGCAAAAUUGUGGUUUUGACUUUUCUUGUUUAAACGCACAGACACGCACACAAACACACAAAAAAGGUGGCUUAGGCAUGUGACUUUUUUCCAGACCCUUGUGCUACAGAAGUCUGACGCGAAAGGCAUGGCAUAGUUUAAACAUAUGUGCCCAGUAACCCCAUUGUGCGUGAGAAAUCUUGCAUUGUACAGUUUUAGUGCAAAACAAAAGGACAAGAAAGGGUUGUCUUGCAGUUCACUUCCCUGCUAUAGAAAACAUGAUUUUUCUUGCCUGGAGCCGCAUGAGCGAAGCACCCAGAAAGCCUUGGGUUACCUUCAGAGUUCCCUUCACUUUAAUUUAUAUAGUGUCUUAUUUUUGUGUUCAUUUUUUUUUUUUUUUUUUUUGUGAAUUGGUGUAAAAUGUAUAUGCCGACAAGCUCAUGUAUUUUUAUGUAAAUAUUUUUGUGGUUUCCCACCAACCUUCUCUGUAAAUAUUUAGAUUCUCAUUUUCUUCCCACCGUGUACGAUGCGGAUGUGGUUUUGUUUCUGUUUUUUAUUUGUACUGUAAUGCAAUGAUCCAGACUGAGGUGUCUUGUGGUAUUAAACAAAAAGCAACAGUCCCGCUGAGCUCACACUCAGAUGUACAACUCAACCGCAUUAAUCAAGCCAGGGUAAAACCUACUCCUUUGCGUUCACGUGUGUUUGUGCCUCUGCCUUGUUAAUUAACAAUAACCUAGAAGAAGGACACAGGACAUGGAAACGCUAGCUUAGGAGCCACGCACUCUUGGGGGCCAGAUACCUCAGACGAUGAGGGGGGUGAAGACUGUGCGUGUGCCAAGGCUCCUGUGAACCACUGGCCUUUGGUCCAUCCCAGUGCUUAUCUGUUCAGCUACGCCUGUGGCAUAACUGUUCUGAAAAGAAAACAAAAAUAAAUCAUCCUUGGCUUU